AUGGUAACGAAUUCCAAUGAUAUUAAACAAUUAAUACGGAGCAUAACAAUGCCUAAACUUCCUAGCAUUGUUGGAGCAAGCAUUUUGGUAUUGAUGAUGAUAAUGAUGAUGUUUUAUAACAUGCUGAGCGCCACCUAUGCCAAAUACGUAAAGAUUGCUACAUGGAUGAUCUCUAUUUUGGUUCCUAUUGUAGUUAUCAUUUCCAAUAUGAUAAGCAGUUCGAGAAAAAACAACACAAAGCUUACUGAUAAAAUAUACGAUAAUGCAAUGCCUAUUAUCUGCAGUAUUUCGAUGAUUCCAGUUGUUGUAGUUGACUUGAUAUAUGAUCAAAUGAUAUUGCAACAGGAUCUUUUAAACAUGCUGAUAUUUACAUUGAUUUUGAUUAGUGUAAUGGAAUAUAUUUUUACGGAUAGAAAAAAAACAGGGCAGGAAAUAAAUGCUGCUAGGUAUAAACUGAAACGGUAUAGUAAUCUUGCUAUGUCUACUUUACUGGUUUAUUGCUGUUCUUUAGAAAUAUUUCAUGUGGCAAAAUUAAGUAGAGGAAAUUCCAGAGAAAAUGGAUGGAUACUUUCAUUAGUAUACACUUUUGCAAUAGGAUUGCUAUUGUUCUUUAUGAAGUAUGUUGUUUAUCGGAUAUUAUUACGAUCAACAAAAGAUAUUGAUUAUAAAGAAUCCACAGAUUCAGAAAGUAAUAAUGACAUUAUGGGUACGAUUCAGAUCGUUGAUAUGGUAAAUAAAGAAGAUUGUAUUAAUAGAAGUAAUCGCAUCAUAAGCUCCAUAUGGAUUGGCUUGAUUAUUUCUAUCCUUACAGGAAGAGCCAUCAAUAUUUACUAUAACUCGUCUAUGUUUGAAAUGAUUGAAGAAGAAUAA